CUCCUACUUUCGCUUCUAAUGUGAGCACAGCACCACCCGCUAUACAAACACCAUUCUAGCCUAUCCCUAGCGAUACACUCAACGCCCUCGAAUAAAAGUCCAAGCAAAUAUGCCUCCCAAAGCGUCUAAAGGCGAAUACAUCGAGACAGAUACAGGCAACAAAAUCUCCCGCCGCAGCCUCAUCCACGGCACACAACACAUCAUCCUCGGCGGAAAAACCGUCAUCCAAUCCGACGCCGUCAUCCGCGGCGACCUCUACCGCAUCUCCUCCUCCCAACAACAACAACAACAACAACACAAACCCACCGCUUCCACCUCCACCUCCACCAGCACAACCUCGACCACCAGCGCAUCCCCCAACCCCUCCGUCGCGAUAACCAUCGGCCGGUACAGCUACAUCUCCCGGCAAGCGAUCCUGCGGCCCCCCUCGCGGCUGCACAGGGGGGUGUACAGUUUCUAUCCUCUCAAGAUCGGCGACCAUGUGUUUGUCGGGGAGCGCGCGGUCGUGGAGGCGGCCAGCGUGGGGAAUCACGUGCAGAUCGGGCGCGAUGCGGUCGUGGGAAGCAUGGCAAUUAUCAAGGAUUUUGCGUGUGUGCUGGACGGGGCGGUUGUGGCGCCGGGGAUGGUGGUGCCGAGUUGGUGCGUGGUGGGCGGGGCGCCGGCGCGGAUUGUUGGGGAGGUUGGGGAGGGGUAUGGGGUUGAGGGCGCGGAGGGGGGAAUGGCGAGGGAGAGGUAUCGGGUCGUCGGGCGAUGA